ACUUGAUUUUAUUAUUUCUAACUAUAAAUCACUACAGUUGUGCACAGUGAAGUGCACAGUGAAGUAGGAUGGUUGUUCACACACCCUCUGAACUGGCAUGGGACUAUUACCGCCAGUUCCAGAAUUUCUACAGUCACUGCCUCUCUUUUGCAGAUAAGCGUGUAGCAGACUGGCCGCUGAUGAGCUCGCCCAUGUACACUAUCUACUUGUGUGUUGCUUAUCUUGUAUUUGUGGCAGUCGUCCCUCAGAUCAUGGCUAAGAGAAAGCCGUUAGAGUCGAGAACUGCACUGUUAAUCUACAACUUCGCCAUGGUGGCACUCAACCUUUACAUAUUUGUCGAGCUGCUGACAUCUGCCCUGAAGUCUAACUACAAUUGGGUGUGUACUCCAGUGGACUACUCAAACGACCCUCUCGCUCUCAGGAUGGCAGCUGGCCUGUGGUGGUACUACAUUUCCAAACCAAUAGAAUUCUUUGAUACGAUAAUGUUUAUCUUGAGAAAAAAGACUCGACAAGUUACAUUCCUGCACGUGUAUCAUCACGUGACAAUGCCGCUGUUGUGGUGGAUCGGAAUCAAAUGGGUCGCAGGCGGUCAAUCGUUUUUCGGAGCGAUGGUGAACUCGUCAGUGCACGUGAUAAUGUACACCUACUACGGUCUCGCUGCUAUGGGACCUGAAAUGCAGAAACACCUGUGGUGGAAAAAACACAUAACCCACUAUCAGCUGAUACAGUUCGUAUGGGGUAUGCUACACUGCGCGGUGUCCCUCUACGUAGAUUGUCCUUUCCCUAGUUGGAUGCAGUACACGUGUAUAUGUUACGCUGGUUCAUUCCUCGUUCUCUUCUCUAAUUUCUACAUCAUGAACUACCUUAAUAAACCUAAGAAAGAGGAACAGAAUGGGAAGCUUAAAUCUCAAUAGAAUUAGAUAUAUAUUUGGUUCUAUAUUAGUAGUACCAAAUUCUUAGAAAGGGAUUAUCGAUAGUCAUUCCUAAGAAGUUGCAUACGCUGCAACGUGACGUCAUACACUGCAACGUGACGUCAUACACUGUAACGUGACGUCAUACACUGUAACGUGACGUCAUACACUGCAACGUGACGUCAUACACUGUAACGUGACGUCAUACACUGCAACGUGACGUCAUACACUGUAACGUGACGUCAUCUCUCUUCAAAACUCCAGUCAACUAACAGAAACAUAUUCAACUGCGAGCUACUCAGUUACGAUAGUAACUUCAAAAUAUUAAUUCCCCAAGAAAGAUUAAAUGAAUUUCAAUUCACAAAAUUAAUUUGUUGAAUUCUCUUCUCCUCUGUGACUAGGACUAUCAUUUGACUAUCUUUAGAUUUGUAUAGUUACAAUUUAUUUAACUUUUAUGUCCCGUCGCGUAGAUACUUAAUGGUUGUAUUGGGAUUUUGUCUUUUGAUAUGAGUUAUGAAUUUUAUGUAUUUAUAGGGUUUUAUAGCUUGAAUUGUAUAGUUACAGUUAUAGUUCAAAC